UGUCACCAUGCCUGUGUCUCUUGGUGAAUGGCGUGUCAGGAUUGGCACGUUCAUGCACCGUCGGAGGAAAGAAUACGACUACCACUACUUUUGGAGGAAACUCCACAACUUAAUUAAAAAACACAAGAAUGCUGAGCCACCUAAAGAAAACAACAAUCCUGAGUGUAACAUCUCAUCUCGCACUGGCUCUUCUCCCGGUGCGAAUAGAUCUCCAAGCAACACCGCCCGUCAGUCUGCAUUUUCUGCUCAAACAGGGCAUUCACGUGACGUCAACAAUGGCAAAGGUAACGCAAGCUCACCGACUCUCUCACAUUCUGACGUUCCAGAGUGUGAUACUGUCAAGGAGAGUGGAUCCACAUGCGAUGUAAAUAAUCCCGGUCAUAACGAUGUCUCUCACUCUGAGUCUUCAUGUGCUCAAAACAGUGGUUCUUCAAUUGAAAAAGAGACCAACCCUGUCCCUGAUUCCACUGACGUGACAAUUCUAGUUCCCAAACCCUGUGGAGAAGACGAAUCGGACAAUAAUGACAUAGCCAUUAAUCUCAUGUCACAUGAAUACACCCCGAAAUCCGCCCAAAUAGGAAAAACUGACAAACCUGAAGUUGGCACAUCAGAGUCGCACUCACAUGUACCUGCAUGCGUUCAUGGUGAGACAGAUCGUAUCAAUCGAGACAAGGAGGAAACUGACUCUGCGCCGUCUGGGAUAGAGGACCAAUCAUCGGACCUAUCACCUAAACACAGGCUAAAUACAACGAGAAAUACCGACCAAAAAACAUCAUCUAUCAGGAUAGUAACGGAGUAUCAUGGAUCCCCGAUCUAUCCGAUCCUCGGAUCAGGGACAAGCAGCGGUGAAGCAGAUGAAACUAAAGGGAAUGACUGUCCAGACAUGACCAACAUACUUCUAAUGAGAUCCGGGGAUGUAGAACAAAACCCUGGCCCGAAUGAUAAACCUGGGAACCUGACCGACCUCGAACUAUAUCUCCUUGCUGACAGUAUGGAUCCAUUAGAUUUCAGGAAGGUCGGACUAGCUUUGGGAUUUACUGAGGCUGAACUAAGACGGUUUGAGAAAGAUCAGAUGGGCAACACUCUGUAUGCUACCUAUAAGAUGCUUUACGAAUGGCGGAAGAGAGUACGUGAAAGCGAGGCGAGGGAGACGUUGGUGGUCACGUUACAACGCAUUAAGCUGGUGCAGCUUGCUGAUAGCGUACAGAAAGGUCAGGUUGGUGAUCACAUACCGUCCAUGACAGAGGAGGAAAUCCAACAGGUUGCUAAAGAGGUCAAACACUAUUUGUUAAUUCAUCUAUGUCAGAUUCAAGCCGAUCCACUGAACAGCGAACUUGUACUUGAAUUUAAACGUAUCUUCACCAAUCUAACGUUGAUGGAAGAAGACAAAGGUACAAAACGCAAAACACCGCUUCUCUACGACAACCUCCUUAGGACCAAAGUCAACGGAAGCUUUCCCAAACGCUUGCUGGUAGAAGGUGAAGGUGGUGUAGGAAAGACCACUUUUUGCGCCAAGAUCGCUUGGGAUUGGAUCCACAGAAAAGGCUACCAAGAUUUCAAACUGGUUCUUGUCAUCCUCCUUCGCAAGACAGAGGGCAAGACUGUUGGAGAGAUAGUGAAGUCGUAUCUUUCUGACAACAAUCCCGUCACAGCCAAACAGCUAGACAAGCACAUCCUCUCAAAUCCGGAUGACGUCUUUCUUGUCCUGGACGGCCUAGAUGAGUUAGCUGUCGAUCUUGACAGCAAUCAGCAAAUCGCCCUGAUCACUCUCAAUCGUCUGUUCAAGUCAGGUACAGUACUAAUCACAUCGAGACAAUGGAGAUCAGAUGAGAUUAGGAAGAAUGCCGAUCUCAGAAAGGUGUUUGCUUUCAUUGCUGUAGAAGGGUAUUCUGCUGAAAACCUCUCUUCUUACAUCACCAAGUUCUUUCAUCCAGACACAGCUUCCUCUGAAGAUCUGAACCGAUUCAUAUCAAACAACGAUGUGAUCAGAGAGAACAUGGCUCCAUACCCCAUAUACACAGCCAUGCUGUGUAUCAUGUGGAAAGAGUUUGAUGGAGAGCGCCGAGAGGCAAUGUCCAAGCUGCAAACAUUUUCCCAGCUCUUCAAUCAGAUGAUUGAAUUUUUGGUUGAUCAUCACCUAUCAAAGCACAUUCCAUCUUCAGGUAUUGUUGAAGGCAAAUUAGGGGAACAUUGUUUAGAUAUUCGUCCACACAUGAUUCACAUUGGCCGCAUUGCCUUCCAGGGACUUCUCGAGAGACGGUUAGUAUUCACAGAAGAAGAGUUUCAGAGCUAUCCAGAGUCCAUCGAUGUAGGUUGUAAAGUUGGUGUACUCACCAGAGAGAAGAAAAUUCUUCCGAGGCGAGCCAGAAGAAAUAAUCCGAAAUCAGUAGUCCAAUCGGUGCAGUUUCCCCAUAAGCUCUUCCAGGAGUAUCUAUCAGGAAUGUAUCUUGCAUCCCUUUACAAGUCAAACCGUAAUGAGUAUGACAGGUUGAUAGCGAAUAUCAUAACAAAAGCAGGGGAAUACCGGUACCUACUGUACUUCACUUCGGCUCAGCAGAAUGAGGUCGGCUUGGAUAUCGUAUCUCGUCUCAUAGAGUCAAAAACAGAUCUAGAGCGCACACAGGGCCGUAUUGCUGAUGACUUCAUCGUAGAUGUAGCAUACGAGAGCCAAUACCAAGAAGUGGCCAAAGCCGUGGCGGAUCAUCUAUCGACGUCCAGAAAGACACUGAAGAUCACCACAAGGAUGCAGGCACACACAGUAUCAGGGCAUACUUUCAUCAUGAACCAUCGUGAGGUGGAUGACCUGGAAAUUAAGAAGCCAUGUGGACGCACGGCUUCAGAGGACCUGGCUGAAUUCAUCUGCUCAUCACGAUCACUGAGAUCUGUGAGGAUCGAUUAUACUAUACAUGAUGUCUUCUACUCGGUGCUUGCGAAUAAAGCAGUCGAUUCCAAGAUUGAGACUCUUCACAUCUACUCUGAUGAUAUCAAAGAACGUCCCUCUGCAUCACGUGAUUUCGCUCAGUUCAUCUGUAAGAUGACUCAUCUGAAGAAGCUGACACACAACGGUCAGUUUCACGAUGACUUCUACUCAACAUCGUCAUCGAUGGCAUCAUCUGCAAAGAUUGAGACUCUUUACAUCGACUCUAAAGAUUUCGGAGAACGUCCCUCAGCAUCACGUGAUCUCGCUCAGUUCAUCUGUAAGAUGUCUCAUCUGAAGGACCUGACACUCGACGGACAGUAUCACGAUGACUUCUACUCAACAAUUGAGACUCUUGGGAUCUACUCUAAAUAUCUCAAUAAACGUCCCUCUACAUCACGUGAUCUGGCUCAGUUCAUCUGUAAGAUGACUCAUCUGAAGGACCUGACACUCGCCGGUCAGUAUCACGAUGACUUCUACUCAACAUCGUCAUCGAUGGCAUUAUGCGCAAAGAUUGAGACUCUUGAGAUCUACUCUGCUGAUCUCAACGAACGUCUUUUUGCAUCACGUGAUCUGGCUCAGUUCAUCUGUAAGAUGACUCAUCUGAAGGACCUGACACUCAACGGUCAGUAUCACGAUGACUUCUACUCAGCAUCGUCAUCGAAGGCAUCAUCUGCAAAGAGUUGUAACACGAGCCCCACCCUGACUGAGCUGACAGUGGAUCAUGACACACUAAAAGGAUGGCAGGGUUGUUGUUCGAUGUUUGACAAUGUGAAGAGGGUCACUAUACAGGUAUGGAGCACGAUCAACUGUAACGUCAUCCAGAGGAUCCAUCUACCAGGAGCAACAGAACUCACCUUUCAACCACAAAAGUAUGCAGGUCGACCGGCUGGUUUCCACAAGGAGCCCACUUCACUAUCCAAUGUCCUGCUGAAUAUCUCCCCUCAGCUUGUCAAGGUGACAUUCAGCAAACUGAAUAUUGGCAACAGUAAGAUGGAACUAAUCUUACAAGCUUUCAGAUCACCUCACCACCUCAAACAUCUGAAAAUCAUCAGAUUCAUACGAUGCGGGUCAGAUGAGGGCGUGGAUGAUGUCAUUAUCGCUUGCAAUAAAGAUCAGGUCAUGGAGGUGGAGGUGGAGCAUGGCAAACCGCGUGGAUAUUAACUUUAUUAGUAAUCAUAUAGAUGGCACCACACUCGAUCUGACGAAUCAGACGGAGCAGACAAUCUUUGCAUUCGGAACAGGAAAUGUGGGCUGAAAUGAAAAGUGCCUCAAACACAUCUUCAGACUUUUCUUUGGCCAUUUUCAUGCAAUCGACUUUAAUAUUCAUCCACUGAAUCCAGUUGACAUUCAUAUGAUUUAGACGUAUGUGUAAUAUAUGCUUUACAUCGGUAUUGCAGCUCUUGUUAAUUUGUUUAAGAAAUUGUGAUUUGGACUUCCCUUCAAAAUGUCACUCUCAGUGUUCAUUCAUUUAAUAUACACAGGCAAUAUACUUUAAAGGGUGUUAGGCCUACGUGGAUUAACACGGUGAACAUCUCAAAACUUGUCAAAGGGCCAAAAUGUUGUAAAAUAUCAUUGUUAUUGUUUUUUUUAAUACAGUAAUAUUUUUUUUCGAAUUUGAAUUGUUCAACUGGCAGUGCUUUACACACCAUAUUUGCUAUGUAGGUUUCCUACAAGUGGAAGAGUUUUAGGGUAAACCUUUUGAAGUUGUAUUCACAGAUAGGAAAUGAAGGAAUGUAUCUAGUCAUAUAUUAAGGCAUAUAUCGCCCUUCCAAAAAGGCCAAAUGAAGACCACUUUUAAUUCACAAAUAGAAUACUGUAUAGUUGUUUUAUCAAAUAUACCUUGUGUACGAACUUUUGCAUGUAUCACAUAAACGGUUUCUUAUGAUUUAUGAUUUUCAUUUUGAAAGGGAAAACAAUCUUGUCUGAUAUAUUUGAGUUGGUAAUUUUGUCUGUUGAUAAUUUGUAAAUAACGUAGCCACAUUGCAUGUGCCCAUACUUAGGAGGGUCUUUGCAACGCAAGUUAUACAUUACUGACUAACUAUAAAUUAAGGCUGUAUAAAUGCAUAAUAAUUUUAAAUAUCCAAUCAGCUGUUUUUCUACAAGUUCAUCUAGUGAUUGUACACUAUUACUUGUAAUGCAAGAACAUUAUUAAGAGUAAAUCAUGUGGCAUUCAGCUUAAUAUAUUUGAUAUAUUUCUGUAUUUAUGGAACUAAUUGUUUAUUGUAUAGGGCACUGAGACAUUACCGCAUUUUGCGAAAAUAUUCCAACGCA